AUGAAAGGAAGGGUUUUGAAGUACGACACGAUAAACAGCCCAAAAGAAUAUAAUAUCACCGGAGGUGUUCCACGAUUGAUGCCUAACAUCGGCGGACCAAAGCAGAGCAGGAGACUUACACUUGCAUCAGUAGUUGCGUCAGUGCUCACUUAUGGAAUACCUAUUUGGGCAGACGCACUAGGGCUCCAAGAAUCAUGGAGGAAAAUUGGUCCUGUAUACCGCUUGAGUGCUUUACGAGUAGUAUGCGGAUUCCGCACAAUAUCUGAGGAAGCGGUAUGUGUCAAUGCCGGGACUCUGCCUCUUAGGGUCUUAGCUGAGGCAAGACAAAAUCUUUACCAACGCAAGAGGUCAACGACAUUAAGCGCUGAUGAUCUCAGAACCGAAGAACGUCUUAACACCAUAAGACGAUGGCAAAUACAGUGA